AUGCGCCUCGCGGGCGGCGCCGGGUCCCCGCGGGCUGGGGGCUCCCCCCCCGGCAACGGCAGCCGGUGGCGGGCGGCGGAGGGCGGCGGAGGGAGCAGCAGCGGCAGCAGCGGCAGCAGCCCGAGCCCCGAGGAGGCUUGGUCGGGGUCCCCCAACGGCAGCCUGGGCGGCUGGGACCCGUUCGGGCGCGACGAGGAGCUGGCCAAGCUGGAGAUCGCCGUGCUGGCCGUCACCUUCGCCGUGGCGGUGGUGGGCAACGGCAGCGUGCUGCUGGCGCUGCGCCGCACGCCGCGCAAGGCGUCCCGCAUGCACCUCUUCAUCCGGCACCUCAGCCUGGCCGACCUGGUGGUGGCCUUCUUCCAGGUGCUGCCGCAGCUCUGCUGGGAGGUCACGCACCGCUUCCACGGCCCCGACGGGCUCUGCCGGGUCGUCAAGCACCUGCAGGUCUUCGGCAUGUUCGCCUCGGCGUACAUGCUGGUGGCCAUGACCGCCGACCGCUACAUCGCCGUGUGCCACCCGCUGAAGACGCUGCAGCAGCCCACCAAGCGCUCCUACGGCAUGAUCGCGGCCGCCUGGGCGCUCAGCCUGCUGCUCAGCACCCCGCAGUACUUCAUCUUCUCCCUCAGCGAGGUGGAGCGCGGCUCGCGGGUCUACGACUGCUGGGCGCACUUCAUCAUGCCCUGGGGGCCCCGCGCCUAUGUCACCUGGAUCACGGGCGGCAUCUUCGUCGCGCCCGUCCUCAUCCUCGCCACCUGCUACGGCUUCAUCUGCUACCACAUCUGGCGCAACGCCCGCGGCAAGGCGCGGCCGGGGCGGGCGGCGGGCGGCGGGCGGCGGGCGGGCGGCGGCGGCGGCGGGGGGGGAGCCCCGGCCCCGCGGCGGGGGCUGCUGCUCGCCCCCUGUGUCAGCAGCGUCAGGAGCAUCUCCCGAGCCAAGAUCCGCACCGUCAAGAUGACCUUCGUCAUCGUCUCGGCGUACGUCGUCUGCUGGGCGCCCUUCUUCACCAUCCAGAUGUGGUCCGUCUGGGACCAGCGCUUCCCCUGGCUCGACUCUGAAAACACUGCUACUACAGUCACUGCUCUCUUGGCCAGCCUGAACAGUUGCUGUAACCCAUGGAUCUACAUGUUCUUCAGCGGGCAUCUCCUGCAAGACUGCAUACAGAGCUUCCCUUGCUGCCAAAAAGUGAAGCAAACGCUGAGUAAGGAAGAUUCGAACAGCAACAGCAGGCGACAGACUUCUUUUACCAACAACAGGAGCCCAACCCACAGCUUGAACACCUGGAGGGAGUCACCCCACUCGAAGUCGACCAGCUUCAUCCCCAUUCCCACCUGA